CUAGGUCGUUGUUUACUUAGCAACAGUCAGAUUCUGGCAACGGCGCUUUUUGUAGGUGGCUACAUAAACCAAUUUCAUAGUAAAAAGUCAGCUUAGUUCCUUUGUCAUGGGUAAUGAAUAUUUAUAAACCAUGUAGUUUGGAAGUCAUUCUGGGACAGAGGGGGUGAACAUUAACCACUUGACGAAAUAUCCUCAACCAAAGAUGUCUUAUCUGGACUCGUCGGAGGCUCCUGAUGAGGAGGAAACUUUUUAUAUGCAGUGCAGAGCCGCCUACCUAAGUGUGUUCAGAUCCAGUCUGUCAAAUAUCUCAUCGAAACAGGAGUUAUGUCGAGUUCUCCAAUUAGCUGGUAGAAAUCCCUCUCAGAACACUCUUGAUAAAUAUUGGAACCCAGGAACAACUCACAUAAACUUUGACGAUUGCUGCGAGAUACUGAAAAGUGAGUGGAAAACAGAGAACAAUGAGCUGAUGGGAGUUUUCAAAAAGUUGGAUGCAAAUGGCGAUGGCUACAUCGCACACAGUCAAGUGGAAAAACUCCUUACAAAUGGAGGAGAUAAAAUGACACCUGAAGAGGUGAAGGCCAUUUUCUCACUAAGCGAAAUCAACAAGGAUGGCAAAUUUAACUACGUGGAGUUCUGUAGACAACUUGUGUCCACUGUGGAGAAAUGUCAGAUGACCUCUUUGGUGAAGCUCCACUCUGAUGCCAAGCUGAAGAGACAAAACUUUGGCAGCCAUGAAGACAGCCCUCCAAAAACCUCCAUGACAUCACCAUCAGCAGCUCCACCUCAGUAUCCAGAAACAAUCUGUUCAGAUCCAGACAUCACACUGCGGAAAGACAGCCGACCAUCCUCUCGUCCUUCUUCUGCUCGCAGUAGACGAUCAUCUCUGUCAAACUCAGUCACUGCAACUUCCAGCACCAGCAAGCAGUGGCAUCACAUUUGCGUGAGGGGAUGUUUCCUCCUGGAAGACGAUGGAACUAUCAGCUCACUGCAGUACCAGCUGCACCUGCCCCAGACUUCCAUUGUUACCCUAAGCAUCCAGCCUUUGAGCCUCGACCGAAGAGCUGACAAGCCUUCCCCCUGGAUGAAUGUGGACACAGCUCUUUUUGUGAUGUUAGCUGGCGAUACAGAAGAGGAUUCAACACUAAUGUGUUUCACUGGUGCAAAGGACAAAGAAAAGUACAUUUGGAGAGGUGAACUGAAAGCUGGGAUGUACUACCUACUGCCUUUCUCCAGUGGCUGCAGAUUAAAAAAAAGGAGCAGAAAGAAUGUCUCUGAUAAAUCUGUAGAACUUGUCUACAAGACAGACACUGGAGAACUCGACCUCACCAGAGAGUUUCGGGAGGCACUAUCGGAGAUCUUUGACAUGAUAGACCUGGACGGGAAUGGUUUGCUCAGUCUUGAGGAAUACAAUUUCUUGGAGCUGAUGAUCAGCGGAGAAGAGUGCAAGAUGGGGACGUGGGCCAUCUGCAAAGAGAAUUUUGACAUGAGAAAGAAUCAACUGACAAAACAGGGCUUCAUGGAGCUGAAUCUGAUGGAGGCAACGGAGAAAGAUGGGGACUCUGAUGACCUGUGGACCCUCGUGGAAACCAUGGGCUACAACCGUAUGCUGGAGCUAGUCGAGGCUUGCCCAUUCCAGAUAGAUAUACACUGUGAGAGCACACAGCCAUCAGUUCGGCCACUCAGACUGGACUCCGGAUCCAAGAUUCUGAACCAGGCCCUGCAGAAGUCCAUCACUUUAGAGGGAACAGCCAAACAACUGAAAGGACAGGAAAAUGUGCUCAUCUACACCUACAGAGGAGAACACAGGGUCUCAUCCCUCAUAGUCAACAAGACCAACCAGAAAGUGACGGUUCGUGUCAACAACAAGCACAACAACAACUGCUGCAGCAGUAGAGGCCUGAAUGUGUUUGCUAUAGAGGUGCCAGCCAGAACUAAGAUGGUGUGCCAACAUGUCCUGCCCACCAGUGAAAAACAGGACUGGGCGUACAACUGUGUGGAGACUUCACUGACCUCUAAAUAGAGCUUGCACACGGUAUGCUGCCCGUCUAGGCUUGGGAAACACAAGAGCUUGUCGAAACACUUCAGGUGAUGGCACAAAAAAUAAAAAAUUUAAUGGCUGCACCAAAUGUGGUGCUUACUGUCUGAAAGCAACCUUGCAUUUAGAGCCGUAGCUGACUUGCUGUUUCUGGUGCAAUUUAUGUAUUUAGCUAACAUUUAUUUAUUCAGGUAAGGCAGUUGAAAACCGAUUCUCAUAGACAGCAGAGUACAACAAAGCAAAGUAAGAGCAAAUACAGAGACAACUGGUACAUCUUCUUCACCCUUCCAUUCUGGUUAUGCAGUGCAGUGUCUGCUUUGGCAAUACUGUAUGGGACUGCCAAUGAAAUGUAUGCCUCUGCAUUGCACUCUGGUUUGAACUGUACUUGCCCUUGGCCUUUUCAGCUGAGUCUUGACCUUCUAUUUAUGUCUCACAGACCGUUCUUUGCCCUUUGACUUUAUUUGCUGAAACAGUAGAGCCAGCUAACUAAAUGUCACAUGGCGUAUGAGAUGUAUUUUAUGCCGCUGUGCGUUUCCUUUUCCGACAGGUUAAGUUUAAACCCUGAGCUGUUGGGCCAUAUUACAUGUUGUUGUAAAUGUUGUAAUCAGUGUGCAGUAUCGUCUUUUUUUAUUUUGCCUAUAUUUGGUAUGUUUUUGGACGGAUCUUUUUUUCUUCUUUGACGUAAGAAUACACAAAAAUGUAAAAUUGUACAAAUCACAAAUAGAAUAUCCUCAAUUCAUUCAUUUCCCUUA